UGCUAGUAGUGGCUAGCCUUCAACAUUAACAACCUGUCAAACCACUCCCAAGUGACUCAGGCAGUAGAUUUACCUCGAGAAAGUGAAAUUAGUUACGUGGUAAUGUUGCGAAACUGAUGUAGUAACACUGGUACCCAACGACGUCUGUAUCUCCGACCAGAGGAGGUACACGCUCGGUUUCUUCGCCAUGGGGAACUCCUGCAGUAAUCUGGGGAUCCCUCCAGCCAAGGGCCCCAAUACUGUGGGAUGCACUGACUUCAUGAUGGACCACACUGCACAGGGCAGCUUCUUCCGUCUAUACUAUCCUUGUCAAGAGACUGAAAAAGCUGAAAAACCCGACUGGGUGCCGUGCAGGGAGUAUUUUAACGGUCUGGCAGACUUCAUGAAAAUCAACCGGACUCUCAGUGAAAGGAUUUUCAACUACCUCUUUGGGUCUUUUAAGAUUCCAGCCUACCUGGAUGCUCCAUUCAAAUCAAAUGAAAAAUGUCCUGUAGUCAUCUUCUCCCAUGGCCUUGGAGCCUUUCGGACUUUGUAUUCAGCUGUAUGUGCCGAAUUGGCUUCUCAGGGCUUCAUUGUGGCGUCUGUGGAACACAGAGACCAGUCAGCCUCAGCUACGUAUUAUUUUCGUGAGAAGACAGAGUCAGAGAAGGCAAAUGCGAAAGCGCCUAAAACAUCUGGCUCAGCCCAAGACAACUUGAUAAGAGAGUGGAUGUACUACAGAGCUCUGCGGCAUGGAGAGAGGGAAUUCCCCCUCAGAAAUAAACAGGUGAAACAGAGAGCAGACGAAUGCAUUCUGGCUCUGGAUAAACUCAUUGAAAUCAACUCAGGGAUAGCAGUGCAAAACGUUCUGCAAACACAGUUUGACUGGACGACGUUGGAGAACUCAAUGGAUAUGUGUAGGAUAGCAGCGGUGGGGCAUUCCUUCGGGGGAGCAACAGUGGUUGAAGCUCUGUGCAAAGAGGUUAAAUUCAAGUGUGGCGUAGCGCUGGACGCCUGGAUGUUCCCUUUAGAUGACGAGAUCUUUCCUCGGGUGAAGCAGCCGAUCUUCUUCAUCAACUCGGAGAAGUUCCAGUGGGCGGGGAACAUCAGCCGCAUGAAGAAGCUGGACUCAGCAGUCAUACAGAGGAAAAUGAUCACCAUCAGAGGUACAGUCCACCAGAGUUUCCCAGACUUCACCUUCCUGACGGGCAACUGGAUCGGUAAACUGAUGAAGCUAAAGGGGGAGAUUGACCCAGAACUCGCCAUAGACCUCUGCAACAAAGCAACACUAGCCUUUCUGCAACGCCAUCUUGGUCUAGAGAAGAACUUUAAUCAGUGGGACCCUCUGAUUGAUGGGCAAGAUGAAAACCUCAUUCAAGGAACUAAUAUUACUGUGCUUCAGUCUGCCAUCUGAACUGCCUCAAAUACUGUGCUGCAGAAAACACCUGGGACUGUCUGGCUGUCAGCUGAUCAGUCACAACAAGCCAGGCCAGGCCUGCUGCAUUUCAAAUGGACUGCGGGCCGUGUCCACCAAAGCGUUUUUUUCUGACGCCAGUGUCUUUUUUCAAUUCAUUCCAAUGGUUGCGCCGCAUUUUUUACAAGCUGGUCGCCGACAGUUGAAAAAUAUUCAACUUUGGGAAAAACGCUGCGCUCGUCACGGUCACUUUUUACUCAGCUGCCCAAUCACAGUAGAGGAGGGGCGGGACAAAUACCACACCGUAGCAACAGUUACUAUCCUGGAACCGGGCUUCCUCCAACCUCCAAACUUGUGGUACUCGGCGAGAUGUUUCCUCGCCCACAAAAUCUCAUGAACCCACAUCCGGCGAGUCUGUCCUCUCUCUCUACCUGCUUCAGCUUUCUCUUCAUACAGAGCAAGUACUGUACUGUGUGUUGACAUGUUUACAUCCAGUAAAGUUGGGUAGAACUACUUGCAACAAAUAUAUCAACCAAAUCAGUCGCAAAAAACGCUGCGCCUCAAACGCCCGCUAGCGCUCCCUGCUGGCAAAAAAACGCUUUGGUGGACACGGGCCUAAUGAUAACAUUUGAGUAGUAAUGGAUAGGAAAGGUAAUCUCUACCUCACCAGUAGGAAAGAUUUUUCUUGACAGAUAAAACACUUAGUGUUUCAUGGGGCCUUAAGGUUGCGUACAAGCAGCUAAACAGUUCCUCUUUUCACUGUUUACCAGCAAUUUCUUUUUAAUCAUUUUCAUCUUUGAGUGUAUAUAUAAACCACCUCAGAUGAUAAUGUUAAAUCACACGAAAAAUGUAUGUCUUUAUAUGACUUUCCUGCAGAGACAAGCUCCAGUAUGAUUGCAGUGUGAUUAUGUGAUGAGGACUAGAAUGAGAAUCGUAUCCAAUCAAUGAACUAGUGAUGGAUAUUGUUAAAACAUUAAGAUUGAAGACUCUGGAUUUAUUUAGCUGGCCAAGAGAGCAAAACUAAAUGUUUCCAUCCUGAAUCAACAGACAGCUACAUAAGCAUCAUUAAAAGGAUACAAACACUAAAAAGGUUGCAGGUACCAUACGCCAUGACACACAGUACUGUUCAUCCUGGGUCAACGACUUUUAUAUAUUUACCGUCUGAAAUAUCUGCCAUUUAUACACAACAGAAAAAUAAAUAUGGUUUGUAUACAGAUA